GUGAUAAUGGCAACUGCCGUUAUGGAACUUGAGUCUUUCUUGCAAUAAUAGCGGUUGAUGGGAUCAGACAUCCCGUGCUGAAGAGAGAUCGUGAAUUGGCGUGUGGAUUGGCAGCGGGGUGUCCUCUUGACAGUUUCCAGAUCGUUAAAAUUUAAUGUCUCAAUACGGCCCGACACAGCGGAAAGUGUCGUCAGAACGGCCCAUUGCCUUCUGUUUUAGGGAUUUCGACAAAAUAUUUAGUCACAGUCUGUACCUCAAUCCCAGCCUCGGUUUUAGACGAACAGUCAAUGCUCGGUGCGUUGUUGGUGUUCUCCAGUUGCAAAUAAUAACGGUGGUAUCUCACAGGCACAACGGACUAGCAAUAUCAAAACGAAAAUAAGUAGGUACCCGAAAGGCGCAUUUGGAGCAGAUAUUUAAGUCUCAAAAAAACGCUGACAUUGGGAGUCGAGACAGAAGUAGGUGAUGGCGGCCGCAAUGCAAUUCACAGACAAGCGAAAGAAAAGCAACGACAUUAGUUUAAUUGAGGGGAAUUCUGCAAAGACGGCUCAGG